AUGGCACCAAAAACAAGACUUAAUAGAAAUAGCCAACAACACAACGGUAAACUAGCAAGUGAUGAUGAGAGCAGUGAAGAAGAAAAUGCAACCAAUGCAAAUCUAACUCUAAUUAUUGACAACUUGAACGAGCAAUUUAAAUUGCAAAGUAAAGCAAUGAGAAAAAUAAAAGAGUCACAACAACACAUCAGUGAUACUUUUGACGACUUGAGAAAAGAAAUCGACAGAUUAGUUGAAGAAAACAAAACAAUAAAAAAAGAGUUGAAAGAACUUAAAACAAGCGGUGAAAAUGUUAAAACGAAGAUGAGAAAACUUGAAAGGGACUUGCUAACAGUGAAACAGAAACAAAACACAAACAACAUUAUAAUAACAAACAUGCCAAAAAUACCAAACACUGACUUAAAAGAAGCAGUAAUUAAAAUAGCUGCGCAAGUGAAGGCAAACAUAACAAAAGACAACAUAAUAGAUGUGUAUCAAAACGAAAACAAGAAAUUCAAAACGUAUCCAAUUAUUGUAAAAAUGAAUAAUCAAGAACUAAUAACCAAAUGCAUCGAUUUUCGAAAAAGAAACGAAAUUAUUGAUUUUAAUAAAAUAGCUCCAAACUUGAAUAUUAACAUGCGUGGAAAAAACAUCAAUGUUUACCAGCUUAUGGAAAAAGAGUUUAGCAGCGUUUUUAAGAAGGUCAAACAAGAAGCAAAAGCAAAAGGCUAUAAGUAUGUUUGGAUAAAAGAUGCCAAGGUGCUAGUGCGAAAGGAUGAUAACAGCGCUACCAUACUAGUCGAAGAAAUGGAAGAUUUAAAAAAACUUCAAUGA